AUGGCCAGUGCCACAGAGAAAUUAAACCAGAUACAAAAGCCUGAGAGCAGCCAGUUUCCUGAUGCUGAGAGGGUAAAGCUGGACACGCAAAAAAACGGGUCAAAUGUCCUCACUCUGAACAAUGUGCAGAAAGCAGAUGCAGGUGUGUACAGCUGUGAGGUCUGGGUCGGCUGGAACUGCAUAUUUUCAAAGACCGUCACUUUGAAAAUAAGUGACUGCCAACUCAAAUCUAAGAAUGUGGCGCCUGGAUCCAAUGUUUCUUUGGACUGCUCAGUGCGGGACCAGGCCCAGCUCUCAAAUCCCUCCUGGUUUCUACUAAAGGCUGGAAAACCGGUUCCACUCCCAGACCGGUACCAGGUGAUCGGGUCCAGACUGUAUUUUACAUCAGCUUCAGCGUCUGAUGCUCAGUGGUUCCGCUGUAGUUUCAGACUGAGAGACUCUCAAGAGCGCUGCGUGGACACAAAGCUUCUACUGCGAGGACAUCUUGAAUUCACGACAGAAGAGAGCUCGGCAUUCACAGGUGUCCAGCCAGUUCUGAAUCCUCACGGCAACAUGGGGCAAGGUUAUUCAGUCGUGCACAAAUGGUUAGCAGUGAUGGCUGGAGUCCUUGUCUCUGGUGCUGUUGGAGCUGUUCUGUACUGGAAGCUUUGUUGUAAAACCAGCAAAGCCCCCGGUGACUCACCAGAGCCACCAGAAUAUGAAGAAGUCAAGUCAGACGGUGCAGACUUUGACGGUGCAGACUUUGAUGGUGCAGAGUUUGACGGUCCGGAGUAUGAUGUUGCAGAGUACAGCGGUGCAGAGUACGGCGGUGCAGAGUACGGCGGCGCAGAGUGCGGCGGUGCAGAGUACGGCGGUGAAGAGUUUCAAAUCUAG